UCACAGUUGGACCUCAGAGCAUCAGAGCAGAGCAAACCCUUCCUCAAGCAGGGUGAGAGAGGAGCAUAAGAGAGCAAAUACAACCCCUGUUGAGUUUUAGUACAACCUCCGAGACAUUUCUGUAAGAGGUGUAGAAAGUUGAUUCCUGGCUGCAGUGGCGUUAUCAUGGCUUCUCAAGGCCUCCAGAUCAUGGGUGUGCUGCUGGCCUUAAUCGGCUGGAUGGGCACCAUCAUCACCUGCGCCAUGCCCAUGUGGAGAGUCACCGCUUUCGUCGGGGCGAACAUCGUCACGGCCCAGGUGAUCUGGGAGGGCCUGUGGAUGACCUGCGUGGUCCAGAGCACGGGCCAGAUGCAGUGCAAGGUGUACGACUCCAUGCUGGCUCUGCCUCAGGACCUGCAGGCCGCCAGGGCCAUGGUGAUCAUCGCUGUGAUCGUCGGGGUGUUUGGCAUCCUCAUGGCCGUGGUUGGAGGGAAGUGCACCAACUGCAUGGAGGACGAGGUGGCAAAAGCCAAAGCUUGCAUUGUGUCCGGAGUGAUCUUCAUAAUAGCAGCAUUUCUGAUAAUGAUCCCGGUGUCGUGGUCAGCUCACGCAGUGAUCAGGGACUUUUAUAACCCCAUGGUGAUGGCUGCUCAGAGGAGGGAGCUCGGGGCGGCUCUGUAUAUCGGCUGGGGCUCCGCUGGGCUGCUGCUGCUGGGAGGGGGCCUGCUCUGCAAUAACUGCCCCCCAAGAGAAGGCACCAGACCCUACAUACCUGCCAAGUUCGCCCCUGCAAGAACCGCAUCUUCAAACGUGGACUAUGUGUGAGUGUUCAGAGUGGAACUGCAGCAUGAAAUGUCGGGAGGUUUUUUCUUAUUUUUAAAAAAAACAUGUUUUAUACAAAAUGUUGUACAGAAGGAUUUAUUUCUCAUAAAUGUGGUUGCAAAAGCUGACAUAGGCAUGAACAUGUGAUUGAUAAGAGAAUAAACCCUCCUCUGAAUUUGAAUCACUUAAAAAUGUGGAGCAUUUAAUUCACAAAAGACAGCACAGUUAAGUCCUGUAUAUUUUCUUUUAUAGUUUGUCUGUUUGUUUUUAUUUUUGUUAAUUGACACAUGGUGUCUAAUAUACUUUUUUACGUGACAAUGCUUUCACAAAUAAAAAUGUCCCUACUGUGAAUCUAAGGAUGUAACAUUUCUCUGCAAUAAUAUUUUCCUCUGAAUAUAAUACCUACUAUAAGGAGUUGUUUUAUACAUAAAGUAUGAGACUAAAUGGAUUAUUAUUUAGACUGCUGAUCAGAGAAAAAUGUGAAUGAAAAGCAUUUUGGAAAAAUUGACAUCAUACGCAGAUUUUAAUACUGAACAAUGUGCAGUUGAAGCAGAUCUGAUGUAAUUGUAUAAUGAUAAAAGGAUCACGGACUUUUGAAAUUGCUUUCAAUUGUCAGAAAUAAAGCCUCUUCGUUCAAACGUUGCCAUCUCAUGUUCUCUCUGCACCUUCACCAAACACAGCAAUAAAACUGAAACUGAACUUCUCAAAGCACUCGUGACAAGGCAUUCAGGAAUUCAGGGGAACAGCCUCCUGGGAAUGUACUGUAUCUGCUUGAGAUGUUUGCCAUGGCCUAAUCCACCGCUCUUGUACAGAGACGGUAAUUUACAGUGUUUGUCUCGACUAAAAUG